AAACAAUACAGAGAAACCCUGUCUCCCGAAAAAACAAAAAAAAAAACAAAACAAAAAAAAGAUUGAUAGGAUAAUUAUUUAGGUAACGCACCUUGGAAAAUGCAGCUCAGAAAGUAAUUUAUCUGUUUCUAACACAAGUUUAAUAAUAAUUAAUACACCUAUAUCUGUGUAAAACAUUACUGCCUUUCUGCAAAAUUAUCGAAUCAGAGAUUUGUAGUGUUUGUUUUCCCCAUGGGUUAUCUGUAAAAACAUCUUUAUUGUACUUUGUUUCUCUUGUCAUCAACACACAUAAUCUCAAUUUUUUUCUUCGUCUUAAUCUUAUCUUGGUCAGUUGUAAGCCAUUUUUUAAAAUCAUAUUUGGUUCAUUUCAUUUUAAGUAAAAGGUAUAUACGCCUUUAAUGUACAAGUACACAUUUUAACGCAAUAAUAGAAUAUUUCAUAGUCUAGAGCAUGUACAUUCUUUAACGUAAGAAAUUUUAGCAAACCCAAAGCCAGUUUUCCUGUGUCUGUAACUAUUUGAUUUUGUCAUUGUUCAGGAAUCUCCAAAACAUUCUAAGCUCUGUUAGCACUUGGAUAGUGAAUCAGUUAAAGCCUCCCGUGUCCAUUUUGUAUUUUGAACUUUAAAUAAUAUUUCUAUCUACAGAGCAGUCCAGAAAACAAUAAAAACCUCACCUCAUAGAACCCUGUUGUCUUGGAAUCUCUGCAGUUGUUUAGCCCUCCUCAAGUAAGCCUAUGUUUGUGAGACAAUAUUUCAGGUAAAACUUACCUUGUGUGUAUGUGCAAGCACUGUAUGUAAGUGGCAGGCAUGUUUCUUGGUAAAGAAGGCUGUCACCUAAGGGUAAAGAGCAAGUGUGUGCCACGGCCAUGCUCAAGUUCAUUGAAUCUGUGUUCAGUAACGUGCUUCUUGCAGUGGAAUUUGAAGUUGCUGAUGGUUCAGACAAGCAGUGGGCCUGAACAGGAAUAUAGAAGGCUUAACACUAAAUGGAGGUCAGUAAGUGUGGAAAGACUAGGUAAUUGAGGUAGAUGAGCUUCCAUCUGGACAUAGUGACACGGACCUGUAAUCCCAUCACUUGAGAGGCAAGAGUACCUAGAAUUCCAUGUCAGCUGCUCUACAGAGUGAGCCUGUCACAAGCGAACAGUUCCGCCCCCCCCCCCAAAGGGUGAAAUUGUAAACCUGGAAGGAUUGCAUCUGUAAUCCUUUACCACUUGGGAGGCAGAAGCAGGAGGAUGGUGAGUUUGAGGUGAGCCUAGGUUACAAACUAAAAAGAGAUGCCUGAAGUGGGUCUGUGCUGCUGCUUUUGUGGAAACAAACAGUUCUACCCAUCCUAAUGAGUCUACAAAGAAAGUGUAGACUAAGAAGAUGAAAGAAGUUGCAACAUCUUGUUGGAGAAAAAAAAAUGAGGGAGAGAAAGAAACAGGUUGUGAACCAUGUACAACUGAUGUUUGACCUAUUUGACUCACCGUGAAAAGAAUUUUACCAGCUGCCCUUGCUGAAUCUUUUGUCCUGUCUCAAGACUAUGUUGUUGAUCACAUAGCAUGGUCAUCCACUCACAGCUUAAAAAAAAUACAGGGAGCAUCGGAGAGAAUGGGUUCAAUGUAUCUAUGCCUGCCUACUUCAAUCUGCAAGGGAGUUUCAGAAAGGCCCCGCAUUCGCCGAGCCGAGAUACUACUCGACAACGAAUCAAAUUCAGCGAUGACAGAGUGUGCAAGAGCCACCUUCUCAACUGCUGUCCCCAUGAUGUCCUUUCUGGAACUAGAAUGGAUCUUGGAGAAUGCCUGAAAGUCCAUGACCUGGCUUUAAGAGCAGAUUAUGAAAUCGCAUCCAAAGAACAAGACUUUUUCUUUGAACUUGAUGCCAUGGAUCAUCUGCAGUCAUUCAUUGCAGAUUGUGACAGAAGAACAGAAGUGUCUAAGAAAAGAUUAGCAGAGACUCAAGAAGAGAUAAGUGCUGAGGUGGCAGCAAAGGCAGAGCGUGUUCAUGAGUUAAAUGAAGAAAUAGGUAAAUUGUUGGCCAAAGUGGAACAACUGGGAGCUGAAGGAAAUGUGGAAGAAUCUCAGAAAGUCAUGGAUGAAGUAGAAAAAGCACGAGCAAAGAAAAGAGAAGCAGAGGAAGUUUAUCGGAAUUCUAUGCCAGCUUCCAGUUUCCAGCAGCAGAAACUUCGAGUCUGUGAAGUCUGUUCUGCAUAUUUAGGUCUUCAUGAUAAUGACAGGCGACUUGCUGACCAUUUUGGGGGUAAACUGCACCUGGGAUUCAUUGAAAUAAGAGAAAAACUCGAAGAAUUAAAGAGAGUUGUAGCUGAGAAGCAGGAGAAAAGAAACCAGGAACGUCUGAAACGAAGAGAAGAGAGGGAGAGAGAAGAACGGGAGAAAUUGAGAAGGUCCCGCUCACAUAGCAAGAAUCCCAAAAGAUCUAGAUCUAGAGAGCAUCGCAGACACCGAUCUCGCUCCAUGUCUCGAGAACGCAAGAGGAGGACUCGAUCCAAGUCUCGGGAGAAACGACAUCGCCACAGGUCUCGUUCUAGUAGCCGCAGCCGCAGCCGCAGCCACCAGAGAAGUCGCCACAGUUCUAGAGACAGGAGCCGAGAGCGAUCCAAGAGGAGAUCCUCAAAAGAAAGAUUCAGAGACCAAGACUUAGCAUCACGUGACAGAGACAGGAGUUCAAGAGACAGAUCACCUCGUGACCGAGAUCGAAAAGAUAAGAAGCGGUCCUAUGAGAGUACUAAUGGCAGAUCAGAAGACAGGAGGAGCUCUGAAGAGCGUGAAGCAGGGGAGAUCUAAUUAGCUGUGCAUAAUCUUCAAUCCUUAAGCUUCCUCUGGAGUUAACAUGCUAUUGUUUAGUUUACAGCCGUUCAGGGGGACAGUUCUAGAUACCAUCCAGGCUAGUUAUAUAGUAUCUAAUGAUCUGAACUGAACCUGUUUUCUUUGAUAAAGCCUAAAACUACAUCCAUAGUUUCUGGUGAACCUGUAAUGCAGUUCUGAACGUCCAGUUUUAUAUAAAAAGAUGCUGAUCUCUAUUCUUUUAAGUAGGAGUGAUAGUGAAUGAAUUGUGUUAAUGCCUUGCAAUCUUUGAACAUUUGUAAAAUACUGUCUUCCUUUUUAUCCCAAACAGCAGCAACUUUGGGAAUUUUUCUUUAAAAUUCUUCUUCCUUUGACUGUUGUAUCUCCUGAUACCUGUGCCUCCGACUAUAAAAGGAGGCAGGGAAGCAAUAUAACUUCUGUUCUAAGGCUCCUAGUUGAUCGCAGUUGACCAUUUCUACUGGAUUGUGUGCUGGAGAAACUUAUACAGGGCUUUUUUGUUUGGGGCCUAUUAGAGUUGCAAGUUGAACAGCUGUUGCAUUACAUAAUUUUGCUUUUUUAUUGAAAAUUUGAAAUCAGACUUGUCUUGAUUUUUCUGUUCUAUUAAACUGCUAUGUUCAGUAUAUUGAGGGGGGAUGGGCAGGGACUAUUUCAUAAUAAGCACUUGUUUUAUUUUAUGUGUGGAGUAUAAAGGCUGUACUUAACUGUAAAAAUCACAAUGAAAAGAAACAAUCACCAUCAUCACAUUGUAACUUGUUUAUUAGUAAGUUGUCACUAGAACUAUUUGCUGUGGUAUUUUCCUCUAUUCUGUAACAUCCUUAACAGUGCCUUACUGUACAAGGCACCAAAGGAAGUAAAUACAUAUAAUUGUGGAUUUCAGAUGAAUUGUUGCUCUACCCAAGUCUCUUGCUGACUAUACUCCACUAUUUCAGAGCUGUGUUUAACAGCUUCUGUAAUGAAAAAUUGGACCUGUAGAAGCAACUAAGAGUCUCUUGUUUGUAUUUCUUAAUUGACAAGCCUGAAUAAAAUCAAUAUGUAACCAA